AUGGGCAAGCAGGAAGGUGGUGGAGAAGAAAGUCUUCCUCCAUUGUUUGAGAGCAGAAGAGCAAGAUUUAUAGGUUUGUAUAGGGUUUUUGCAUCCACAAUAUUGGUGGGUGUGUGUUUGAUAUGGGUGUAUAGAGUAACAAACAUCCCAAGAGCUGGAGAGGCAGGGAGGUGGGCUUGGCUUGGUAUGCUCAUGGCUGAGUUCUGGUUUGGGCUGUACUGGAUCAUCACUCAGUCUCCUAGAUGGAAUGUUACUUAUCGUCAACCUUUCAAGGAUAGGCUCUCUCACAGAUAUGAGGACAAGUUGCCGGGAGUUGACAUUUUUAUAUGCACUGCUGACCCCAAAAUGGAGCCACCAACUUUGGUGAUUAACACUGUCCUAUCAGUGCUGUCCUACAAUUAUCCAACAGAGAAGCUGAGUGUUUAUCUUUCCGACGAUGGUGGUUCAGAAUUCACUUUCUAUGCUCUCUUGGAGGCCUCUCGUUUCGCUAAGUAUUGGAUACCCUUCUGCAAAAAGUUCAAUGUUGAGCCAAGGUCACCAGAGGCCUACUUUGCCCUGCACUCUGAUGUGCAUGACAUCAAGUAUGGUCAGGAAUGGCUGGAAAUCAAGAAACUUUAUGAAGAAAUGAAGAAUCGGAUCGAAUCUGCUGUUGCAACGGCAGAGAUUCCAGUAGAAAUAAAGAAGCAACACAAAGGGUUCUCAGAAUGGAACCUUAAAGUAGCAAAGAAUGAUCAUCAGUCGAUUGUGCAGAUUAUAACUGAUGGAAGAGACAUAAAUGCCGUGGAUAAUGAUGGAUGCCAGUUACCUAUGAUGGUGUACAUGUCACGAGAAAAGAAACCUCAGCAGCCACACAACUUCAAAGCUGGAGCUCUGAAUGCACUGCUGAGAGUGUCAUCAGAGAUAAGCAAUGCACCCUUCAUCCUCCUCUUGGACUGUGACAUGUAUGCAAACAAUGCAGACUCAAUACGAGAGGCAUUAUGUUUCUUCUUGGAUGAAAAGUAUGGCCCUGAGAUCGCUUACGUGCAACAUCCACAGGGCUAUAAUAAUCUCACCAAGGACGAUAUCUAUGGAAAUGAAUGUUUCGUUAUUAAUGCGGUUGAGCUUGCUGGAUUAGGUGGAUAUGGCACGGCCUUGUUUUGUGGCACCGGAUGCUUCCAUCGAAGAGAAUGCCUUUUUGGAAGGAAGUAUUCCAAAGAUUAUACAGGACAUUGGAACAUAGAGAGCCAAAAGACUAUUGAAAGAAGUAUCAAAGAACUGGAAGAAUCUGCAAAAGCUCUUAUCAGUUGCAGCUAUGAGAAGGGUACUCAAUGGGGCAAAGAGAUGGGAUUGAUAUAUGGGUGUCCUGUUGAAGAUAUUGCUACUGGCUUAGCAGUUCAAUGUAGGGGAUGGAAAUCGAUCUAUUAUAACCCAGAGAGAAAAGACUUUCUGGGUGUUGCUCCAAAUACCUUAGAUAUAGCACUUAUUCAACAUAAGAGGUGGUCUGAGGGCUUGUUUCAGAUAUUUUUCUCCAAAUAUUGCCCUUUCAUUUAUGGGCAUGGGAAGAUACACUUGGGUGCCCAGAUGGCAUAUUGUAUCUACCUUCUGUGGGCUCCAUUUUCCUUUCCAACUUUGUAUUAUGUGACUAUUCCUCCUCUUUGCUUGCUCCAUGGCAUUCCCUUGUUCCCUAAGGUGUCAAGCCUGUGGUUCCUAGCAUUUGCUUAUGUAUUUAUAGCCAAGAAUGUUUACAGCAUAGUUGAAGCCCUGAGAAGUGGUAGCACACUCAAAGCAUGGUGGUACUUACAACGAAUGUGGCUGAUCCGAAGGAUCACUUCCUACUUCUUCGCCUUCUUCGAUACCAUAAAGAGGCAACUGGGGCUAUCUGAGACAGAGUUUGCCCUCACUGAUAAGGUGAUCACAGAUGAUGUUUCAAAGCGGUAUGAGCAAGAGAUUAUGGAAUUCGGAAGUGCAAGCAUUAUGUAUACCGUGUUAGCAACAUCAGCAUUGCUGAAUUUUCUGAGCUUAGUUUGGGGAACAAAGAGAGUUGUCAUGGACAGGCAUUCCAAAGCUUUAGACCAGUUGAUCAGCCAGGUUAUUCUUUCUGUCAUAUUAGUUCUGAUCAAUUUACCGGUGUACCAAGCGCUCUUCAUCCGCAGCGAUAAAGGCCAUAUACCAUCCUCUGUCACGUUCAAGUCAGUUUUUUUGCUUGCACUGGCCUGCCUGAUGCCUAUAUACUAG